AUGACGGACACCAAAGAGGAAAAGCUGGCCGCCGUCGACUACGGCCUGGGCGAUCUGCAUGAUGACCAAGCCCUGUUGCGUCGGAUCGACUGGCGCAUCCUGCCGACGAUGUUCUUGACCUACUUGCUGCAGUUUCUGGACAAGGUCGCUUUGAAUUAUGCCAACGUAAUGGGGAUGCAGGAUGAUCUCGGAAUGCAGGGCAAUGACUUCUCCUGGUUGGCUACGGGAUUCUUCAUCGCUUAUGCGGUUGCUGAGAUUCCUCAAGGCUUCAUGCUGCAACGAUACCCAGUCACCAGAGUUCUCGGAGUCAACAUUCUCUGCUGGGGGGUGCUCUUGUGCUGUUCGGCCGCGGCUCAGAACUUCGCCGGGAUGUUGUCACUGAGAGUGAUCCUUGGGGCGCUGGAAGCGGUCAUCGCCCCCGCGCUCACAAUGUAUACCAGCAUGUGGUAUACGCGGGCUGAGUCGACCCCGCGAUACGGCCUGUGGUAUUGUGGCCUGGGCACCGGUCAGAUAGUAGGCGGGUUGAUCUCCUUCGCGGCGCAACAUACCGCGCCCACGCUCGCCUUCCACGGGUGGCGAAUCAUGUUCGUGGCCAUUGGGGGGGUGAACAUUCUCGCGGCACUGCUGGUCCUCCUCGGACUCCCGGUCACUCCGGCCGCGGCGGGGUUUCUGAGCGCCAGCGACAAGGCCCGCGUAGCCCAGCGGCUGCAAUCAGAGCAGGCUGGUGGUGUCGAGAGGGAGAACGGCCUGCGCCCGAGGUCGUUUCUGGACGCGUUCGCCGAUCUGCAAACGGCCCUGCUCGUCCUCUUGACCAUCCUGAUCACCAUUCCCAGCGGCGUCAUCACCACCUUCUCCUCCAUUCUGAUCAAGGAGUUUGGGUACAACUCCAAAAAGAGCGCCCUGCUCAACAUGCCCUCUGGGGUGGUCAGCAUCGUGGCGACCAUGGGAUCCACCCUGGCCAUUGCUCGGGGCUACUCCCGGUGGCUGGCGAUUAACCUGCUUCUACUGCCCACCUUGCUGGGCGCGUGUUUAAUGUCUUUCCUGCCGGCCUCAAAUCAAGCCGGUUGUCUGGCGGGUAUAUACCUGGUGAACACGACUGUCGCGCCGCUAGCACUGAUUUUCGCAUGGACUGGUGCAAACUACAAGGGCUAUAGUAUGAAGGUGGCGGGGAGUACGCUCGUCUCGGCCGGGUUCAGCAUCGCCAACAUCAUCGGCCCGCAGACCUUUCAAGCCCGCGAUGCUCCAGAGUAUAUUCCCGCCAAGAUCACGAUCGUCGCCGUCAACGCCGGUGCCAUUGUCAUCUCCACUACGCUGCGGGUGGUCUACGGCCGUCGGAACGCGCGGGCGAAUCGACUAGGGCAAGCUGCAGGUAGUCGCAUUGAGCGACAGCUGGAGGGUGCUGGGCGAGGGGGCGAGGGAGUUGACUUUCCCAACGGCUUCAUCGCCGCGCACUGCAUCGCCGCCCUUCUGCGCGCCGGCCACUCCGUCCGCGGAACAGUGCGCACCUUGGAGAAAGCCAGUGCCACUGUAGCUGCCCUCCAUGCUGCCGGGGUCGCCUCGCUGGACCGCCUGGAAAUUGUCGUGGUGGCCGACCCCACCGACCUGGGGCAAUUCGCUCCCGCGGUGGCCGGCUGCGACGCCAUCCUCCACCUCGCCUCGGCCUUCACCUACAACGCACAACCAGGACAAUUCGAGCAGCAACUCCUGCUACCUGCAAUUCAGGGCACGACCGUCGCGUGCGAGGCGGCGCAACGUUGUCCGACCGUGCGAAAGCUGGUCAUCAUGUCCUCGUUCGCGGCGGUCUACGAUGCGGCGCAGGGCUUGCAGCCUGGUCGGGUGUAUACGGAGGAGGACUGGAGUCCCUUGCGGUAUGAGGAGGGGCGGGAUACGAAUAAUGUGGCCCUCGCAUACCGCGCAUCCAAGGUCCUCGCGGAACGGGCCGCCUGGACAUACGUCAAAGAGCAUGAGGUGGACUUCCAGCUGGUCACACUCUGUCCUGGAAUGGUGUUUGGGAAAAUGAUCCAUCCGAUCGCCUCGCUGGAGCAGCUGAACGCCAGUAAUGGGAUCGUCUGGGAGGUGGCGCAGGGGGGACGAGAUGCACUCCCGCCAACCAAGGCUCCGGUCUGGGUGGAUGUGCAAGACCUCGCUGAGACCUGUCUUCACGCCUUGACGACGAACCUUUCCUCGCACCAACGGUUUCUGGUCACUGAAGGUGCGUACGACACACAGGAGAUUGCAGACCUCCUGCGCGAGGCCAUUCCCACAGCCCGAGAGCGGGUUCCGGAGGGGAGUCCAGGGGACAGGAUACAGGAGACUCAUUACGCUUGCGAUUCUGGGAAGGUGAGGCAGAUGCUCGGGGUCCAGUUUCGGAGCUUGCGCGAGUCGAUUAUUCCUUUGGUGGAACAGUUGUAUGCGCUGGAAGCUGUUCAGGGUCCAAAGACAUAA